AUGGCCUGGCUCCUCUUCAUCACCUGCGUCCUGGUCUGCCUCGAGCCACUGCGGGGGGAAGCCUCAGGUCCAGGCAGCUGUGACCUGAGUUUGAGACGACGACUCCACACCGUUGAUUCUCCUCCUCUUCCUCAGUGUGAGGAAGAUGGCAGCUUCCUCCCCGUUCAGUGUAAAUUCAUCAACAUGACGGACCGCACAGAGAUGGACCUGCUGCACUCUUACAACAGUUUCCCAGAAGCCUUUGAGACAUUCAGCAGCUUCAGGAAGUUCUUCCCGCUCGUGUCUUCGUACUGUUUCUGUUCGGACAGCCGAGGCAGCGAGCUGCAGAGCACAGGUGUGGAGCUCCUCCUCUCUGACAUGUACGACACGGCCUUCUCCGGUCUUUCGUCCGGUCGCUCCUUCUCUCAGAGCAACGUCUACAGAGUCCUGCAGAGGAGGAUGCUGGGAGUUCGCCUCGCCCUCACCGGACGCUUCAGAUGUCCGUCUCGCUGUGAGCAGGAGCGUCAGGCGGCGAUGGUGUCGGGAGACGUUUUCGUCCCAUCCUGUGAAGCCGGCGGCUCGUUUGGACCCAGACAGUGUCAGCAGGGGGGGCCGUGCUGGUGUGUGGACCCCUCAGGGACAGAGGUUCCCGGGACUCGUCAGACCGGAGACUUCCUGGUCUGCAGUUCUGGUUCUGCUGACUGUCCCUCUCAGCGCCGCCUGGCUCUGUCCCAGCUCUUCUCUGGCUCUGAUGGUCCUGUCUCUGAAGUCUCCUCUGGGUCUGCACCUUCCUGUCUCUCCCUCCUCCGUCCUCUUAGGGACCUCCUGCCGGAGGAUGUGGAUCUGGCCUCCUUCCUGUCUCAGCUGAUCGAAGUCCUCCACGGCACCUUCCCCUCAGUGGGCGGAGCUCUGGAGGCUCUGACCCGCUCCUCGCCCAGUCGUCUUCAGGAGAACCUGUUUGGAGGGAAGUUCUUGAAGAACGUGGCGGCUUUUAACUUCAGCGGGUUGGUGGGAGGUCCUGGUCUGGAUCAGCUGUCUGCUCAGAGCCUCAGUCUGCAGAGGAACCAGAACCUGGUCCAGUCCAUCAGCAAAGCCCUGGAGAACCCCGCCUUCCUGUCCGCCCUCCAACAAACCCUGAAGGAUCUCAGCAGCCCCCGCUCUGCCUCCCUGGAGCAGGUUCUGACUCCUCUGCUGCGGUCCUGCUCUGAUGAAGAGGAGGAUCCAGCCUCCUUCUUCAUUCCUCGCUGCACGGCCAGCGGCGGUUUCCAGGAAGUCCAGUGUCGUGGUUCGGAGUGCUGGUGCGUCGACCAUGAGGGACAGGAAGUGGCCGGGUCUCGAACCAUCGGCCGUCCUUCUCGCUGUCCGUCUCGCUGCGAGCGAGCGCUAACGACAGCCCUGAGGAAGAAGUCCAGCAUGGCUGCCGGAGCAGUGCUGCACCUCCCGGUGUGCUCCGAGGAAGGAGACUUCCUGCCGCUGCAGUGCGUCGGACCUCGCUGCUUCUGCGUGGACACUGAGGGGACGCCGACCACCGAGCCGACAGAGGGCGGAGUCACAUGUCCGGAGAAGAAAACUCUGAAGCUCCUGUCGUCUGCAGGCCGCUGCUCCGAGGCGCUCGCUGAGGUCACGGCGUUCAGGCGGGAGCUGAACAGCGUUGUCGCGCUCUCUAACUCCUCCCACCUCCCUCUGGGAUACGGGUUCCUGUUGGCUGAAGGUCUGAGUCUGACGCCUGAGGAGCUGCAAAUCAGCCAAUCAGAGGAGGAGCUGCAGAUUUCUGACAGGCUGCUGAGUCGAACCAAGUCUGCGCUGCGAUUGGCUGCUUUCUCCACUGUGAAGAUGCUGACUCCUCAUCGUCGCUCCUACAUGCUGUUCAUGCCUCAGUGUGAAGCUGAUGGAAGCUGGAAGCUCAUCCAGUGUUCCUCCAGCUCAGGUCAGUGUUGGUGCGUCGAUGAAGACGGAGCUUACAUCCCUGGAUCUCUGAGCAGCCGCUCCACCACACUGCCCACCUGUCCGACUCGCUGUCAGAGAGCUGAGGCUCACUCUCUGCUCUCUGAUUGGCUGAAAGGCUCUGACAUCAGCACCAUCUCGCCGUACCGCCCUCGGUGUGAACCGGACGGUCGUUUCUCAGUGUUGCAGACUGGUGGCGCUGCAGGCUGGUGUGUGAACCCUCAGACCGGAGAGACCAUUCAAACGGCCUCACAGAAUGCCGCGGGACAGCUGACAUGUCCCAGUUGGUGUGAGCUUCAGGGUCUUCAGUGUCGUCCUGAUGGCUCCUUCGCACCGCUGCAGUGUGAUGUCACUUCCUGCUGGUGCGUAUCUGAAGAUGGACAGGAAGUGGGCGGGACACGAACAUCCAGGCAGACAGGGCGCACGCCGUCAUGUGACCGUUCUCUAUGUCCCACCCCCUCCAUUACCCAUGGUGCACUGGUCUGCCGCCCAGCAGCUGAGGGUCGUCAGAGCUGUGACCUCAUCUGUAACCGUGGUUACCAGAACUCACUUCCUGUCAGCAGCUUCCUGUGUGAGACUGAGAGCCGUCGAUGGGGCGGAGACAACGUGCCGCUGGGCGGAGCCUGUCAGACCUUGCAGCCUCUGCAGACGGUGUGGUGGUCUCAGCUCUGGCUGCUGCCGUCCUCCUGCUCUCAGAUCAGCUCCCUGCAGCCUCUGCUGUUCGACCUGAUGACCAGCAGGGGGCUCUGCUCUGCUCAGUUUUCCUCAUCGGGCCGCUCGGCGCCGCUGUGCGACGCCUCGUCUGUGAGUCUACGGUGCGACGGCGACGGUUCUCUGAGGUUAACGCUCCGAUGGAGCGCCGCGCUCUCUGACCUCCCGACCUCUGACCUACCCGACCUCCAUGAUGUCGCUCUGUUCCUGAACGAGUCCAGACUUCUGGAGGAAGUCCAGGACCUUCUGGGUAACCUCGGCUCUGCUCUGACCUCUGAACCCAAACUGGUUUCUGAGACGACCGCGACCUUUGGCUGUUCCCGUGGCUUCCGCCUGAAGGCUGACAGCUGCAUCGUUUGUCCUGCUGGCAGUUUCUCCCAGGAGGGGGUGUGCCUUCUCUGUCCAAAGGGAACCUAUCAGGAAGAAGAGGGGCGGGACUUCUGCAACAAUUGUUUGAGAGGCUCCUCCCCUCCUGGAGCCUCAUCUGUCAAUCAAUGUGAGACAGACUGUCAGAGGCGCGGCCUGCGGUGUUCACAGCAAGGCGACUUCCUGCCAGCGCAGACUGACUUCCUGUCCAACAGGUGGAGCUGUUUCAGCAGAGAGGGGGCGGAGCUUGAGUGGACCACCAGUGAGAAGACUCUAACAGAUGUGGAGUGCUCAGUUCUGAGCAGGUUCCAGGCGGUUCCUGGAUCGGACCUGAUCCUCGGAGCUGAAAACACUGAAGUCCUGCAGACGCUGACCUCUGACCUCACAACCUGCGUCCAAGCAUGCGCAGCAGAGCCGUCCUGCCACCAUGUAGCGCUGUUCAACAGACAGUGUGAGCUCUACAGUACGAACACGUUGAACACAGACUGCAGCGCCUCACAGCAGACCAGUGGGUUUCUGGGUAAUCCUCAGGUCGAUUCAUUUGAUCAGCUGACGUGCUCUCUGAGGGUGAGAGGCGGAGCUUCAGAUCUUCUUGUACUUAGGAAGAAAGGGGCGGAGUUUUCCUUGCAGCGGAUGCAGCAGCAGAGUUUUGUGAGGAUGGCGAUGACGAGGGCGGUUUCAGGUGUGUUCAGGACUCAGGUGUUCUCCUCCAGGCAGACAUCUCUGACCGACGCCCACCGCUUCUGUCAGGACGGCUGCAGCCGCGACGCUUGCUGUGACGGGUUCAUCCUGAACCAGAACACGGUGAACGGAGGGUUGCUGCUCUGUGGUUGGCUCAGAGCGCCAUCUGUGCUGAUGUGUGACGAACAGGACUGGGACGUGAUUGGACAAGGACGGGCCAAUCGAAGCUGUGGGGCGGGGCUUACUUACAACAUAGAGCUGUCGAAAUUCGUGUUGGACUUUGGAGGAGAAAAGAUUACAUUUGCUGCGUCUGCUGUUCCAAACCUCAAGGACAAAGACUACCAGGACUUCAUCACCUUCCACGCCAUCUACCUGAACACAGAUGCAGCUCCAGCAGCUGGUGGUUCUGGUUCCUGCUCCGGUUCAGAGAUUGUUGCUCCUCCAGCUGCUUCGCUUCAGAACAAGUUCCAGUCUCUGUCCAACGAGGACGUCCUCGUGGACCCUCAGAGGAGACCUCCUGUCCUGUCCUUCUGGAUCAACAGGAAAAACUACGACUCCCAGCAAGCACUGCAGUGGUGUCUCACACGUUGUGAUGAAGAAGAGCUGUGUUCUGUUGCCGACCUCAGAGACGCAGAACCAGCAGGGUUCUUCAGCUGCUCGCUGUAUCCGGACACCGGAGUCUGCGUUCUGAAACCAUCCUGCCGGCCGGUGCUGGACCGAGAGCCCAACAGAACCUACAGGAAGACUGUGGACCUGAGCGGACCGGUUCAGGUCUUUUAUGAACCGGUCUCCUUCCAGAAGCUGGUUUCUGCUUCCAUCAGAAGCUGGACCACCGUGACAGAAAACACCACGCUGUCUGAGGGGUUCACGGCGUGCGAGCGUCUCUGUGACGAGGAUCCAUGUUGCCGUGGGUUUGGUUUUGUCCGGAACAGCAGAACCUCCGAGCUGGUGUGUCUGCCUCUGACCAGUUUCGGGGUUCAGACCUGCAGCGAAGACGACAUGACCACCUGGAGGACUCAGGACUGCAGAACCUCUGAGGUGGACACGAAACCAGAGCCGUUCGGCUGGUACCAGAAACCAGUGGACCAGUGGACAGCGUCUCCUGGUCUCUGUCCUCCACUCAGCCUGCCUGAUGUUAAGAUCAACGUGUUGAUGGACGAGUGGCGUCUCCUCUCGGACUCUGCGGUUCUGGUUGACCCGACCCUCACGACCUACGAUGUCAUCCACGUGAGCCGUGACAUCGCCACCGACCAGAGCAGAACCAGAGCCUGGUGUCUAAAUGCCUGCCAGGAGGCGGAGUCUUGCAUCGCCGUGUCGCUCAGUGAGACAGUGUCUGCCACUCGCUGCGUUCUCUACCCUGAUACCACGGUCUGUGGGUUAAGCUCCGCCCCCAGCUCCUCCAGCCCCACCUCCUCCUGUCGACUGGUCCUCAGAGAGCCCGCCUCUCAAGUAUACCUGCGGACAGAGCGGUUGUCGUCGGCUACGUCCAUUUCCAUCCCGGGUCGAGGGACUCUGCAGGGCUUUACCGUAGAAACCGCCGUGGGAUCAGACAGGAAGAAGGUGGUUCAGUUCCUUGGAGUCCCGUACGCCCGUCCACCGAUCGGAUCGCUCCGCUUUGAGGCAGCGCAGCCGCCUGAUUGGACAGGAACCUGGGAGGCCACCAAACCUCGUCCCAGCUGCAUUCAGCCCGGAGACAUGGACACUUCAGCGUCCAGUGAGGACUGUCUCUACCUGAACAUCUUCGCUCCCGCUGCCCUGAGAGCGCCUGUCCCCGUCCUCGUUUAUUUCUUCAACCCUGUGGCCAAUCAGAGCCCGGGACUGUUGGAUGGCUCCGCCCUCGCCGCUCUGGGGAACAUCGUCGUGGUAACGGCCAGCUAUCGGACCGCAGCGCUGGGAUUCCUGAGGACAGGUGGUCUCCGUGGUAACUACGGCCUGUCAGACCAGGAGGCGGUGCUCCACUGGGUUAACGCCCACAUCUCCCUGUUGGGCGGAGACAACAAGACGGUGACAGUGGGGGCGGAGCGUAGCGGUGCUGACAUCAGCAGCCUUCACCUCCUCUCCUCCUCCUCCUCCUCUCUGUUCCAGAGGAUGAUCCUGAUGGGCGGUUCUGUUUUCUCUCCAUCUUUGGUCCAGACCGACUCGUCCGCCAGACGUAAGACGAUGGAUCUGGCCCGAGAACUUGGCUGCGUGACCUCUGACCUCAUCGAUGACAGCGAGAUGGUGGCCUGCCUCAGAUCCACGCCUGUUCAGAAGCUGAACGCUGCUCAGACCAAACUGCUAGCGAUCAGCGGCCCGUUCCAGUCCUGGUCUCCGGUCCGUCAGCCCAUCUCUCAGAUGUCCUCCUUCCCUGGAGUGGACCUGCUGCUGGGGACGUCGGUGCACGACGGCCUGAUCACCCGCGCCAGCAGGAUUAAGGACUUUGAGGUUCUGCAGGGUCGGGUCGACAGUAAGACGGCGUUUUACGAAGCGCUGAGCCGCUCGCUGGGCGGAGCCACAGGAAACGAGCUGCUGAAGGAAGCGGCGAACUGGUUCUACUCUCUGGACCACAGUCCGACGGCGGCCGGGUACAACCUGUUCUCCAGAGCGCUCAACAACGCUACCAGAGAUCUCUUCAUCUACUGCCCCACUCUGAAGAUGGCCGCCCACUGGGCCAACAGCAGCGCCAGCGUCUUUCUGUACCACCAACCACCGACCAGCGCCUUCAACAGAGCCGAUCACUCGGUUCCUCUGGACCUUCAGUUCAUGUUUGGGACUCCUCUUCAUCCAGCGAGCUUCCAGCGCUUCACCUCCCCUGACCGCCGUGUCUCUUUGGCCUCCAUGACCUACGUCUCGAGCUUUGUCCGGACCGGGAACCCAAACCCAUCUCGCACGUGGCCCGAGUCAGUUCUGCCCCGCUGGCAGCCGGUCCUCUCCUCUGAAGCUCCGCCCACCUACCUGGAGCUAAACCCCGGCCUCCAUCAUCAGCAGGGUCUGAGUCAGAACGCCUGCUCCUUCUGGAGCCAACUGGCAACCAGACUGACCCGGAAGACAGGUGUGUUGGAGGCGGAGCCUGUCCAGCUGUCAGUGACACUUGACCUCCCUGUGGGAUCACCAUCCGGCCAGUCGAAAGUCGGCUACAACUAGACCGAUGACAUCACCCUCCCCUAUUACCCAUAAUUCAGUUUGAUUGAUUUGAUCAAUUCUUUUUCUAAUCAUCAAUAAAAG